AUGAGAUCACUCCAGACGGUCCUGUUGACAGCUUCCAGACCCUCACUCCAGACGGUCCUGUUGACAGCUUCCAGACCCUCACUCCAGACGGUCCUGUUGACAGCUUCCAGACCCUCACUCCAGACGGUCCUGUUGACAGCUUCCAGACCCUCACUCCAGACGGUACUGUUGACAGCUUCCAGACCUCACCCAGACGGUCCUGACAGCUUCCAGACCUCACUCCAGACGGUCCUAUUGACAGCUACCAGACCAUCACCAGACGGUCCUGUUCAGAGCUUCCAGACCCUAACUCCAGACGGUCCUGUUGACAGCUUCCAGACCCUCACUCCAGACGGUCCUAUUGACAGCUACCAGACCACUCCAGACGGUCCUGUUCAGAGCUUCCAGACCCUAACUCCAGACGGUCCAUUGACAGCUUCAGACCCUCACUCCAGACGGGGUCUCACCUGCGGCCACCGAGGGGUCUCCCCUGCGGCCACCGAGGGUCACACCUGCGCCACCGAGGGUCACACCUGCGGCCACCGAGGGUCACACCUGCGGCCACCGAGGGGUCUCACCUGCGGCCACCGAGGGUCUCACCCGGCCACCGAGGGGUCUCACCUGCAGCCACCGAGGGGUCACACCUGCGGCCACCGAGGGGUCACACCCAGGCCACCGAGGGGUCACAAUCCAAAGGUCGUCUCACAUUCAUCCCCAAACUGUUCACCGUCCCCAGUAACCACGCCCCUGGGAGGUGACUGGCGGCACUCGUCACCCGGGGAAAUGUCCACACGCACCCCACCACCCUCGUCUCCCCUAUAA